CAAAUCAAUUUUUGGGUAUAAUGGCAUUUAUCACAAUUGGAUUGGUAUUAAUUGCAGCAGUUAGCUAUCAGUUUGCGGCCACAUGGCGUUGGUUAAAAGAUCGAAGUCGAUUUACAAGUGUUGAACGUGAACGGGAUGAUUCAAUAUCAAAACAAUCAGCGAUUCGUAUCAGUCAUUCAUUACCAGACUUACAGUCAGAACCAAUGAAACAAGAAUAUGUGCAAGAGCAUAAAUCAGAUACUAAAAAGGUUUUACGGCAGACAACUUUACCAAUUGUACCAACUCGUCACCAAACCUUUCAACGACAAUUGUCGCAUCGUUUAGACUUACCAAAUAUUCAAUUUAGUAUAUGCAGUUUGGAACAUCGCAGUGAUUCUAAUAUUGGAUUAAUAAAGCCUGAAUUAUACAAAAAAGAAUUAGUGCGUCAAUCAUCCAACGACAGUUCUGUAACCAGCGAAUUGGAGUAUUGUGGGAAAUUACAUUUUGCAUUGCGAUAUGACAAUGAUAUUGAAGGAUUAAUUGUUAAGGUAUUAGAAUGUCGUGAUUUACCAAUCAAAGAUGUAACUGGUAGUAGCGACCCGUAUAUAAAAGUAUAUUUAUUACCUGAUCGUAAAAAGAAAUUCCAAACAAAAGUACAUCGAAAGAAUUUGAAUCCUGUAUUUAAUGAAAGUUUUAUAUUUAGUUGCGAGUAUGAUGAUUUACGUGAUCGUUAUUUACAAUUUUCCGUAUAUGAUUUUGAUCGAUUUUCACGGCAUGAUUUAAUUGGACAUGUGGUAUUAAAGGGUUUAUUAGAAACGACGGAUUUACAACAGGAAAUUGAAUAUACAAUGAAUAUUUUGUCACCUCCACAGGAAAAAGUUGAUCUGGGCGAAAUUAUGCUGUCUUUAUGUUAUUUGCCAACAGCUGGUCGAUUAACUUUGACUGUUAUCAAAGGACGAAAUUUCAAAGCUAUGGAUAUUACUGGCUCAUCAGAUCCAUAUGUCAAAGUUUAUUUACUUUGUCAAGGUAAACGUAUUAAAAAGAAGAAAACAUCUGUUAAACGUUCUACACUACAUCCUGUAUACAAUGAAGCACUUGUGUUUGAUGUGCCAUCAGAAAAUGUGGAGGAUGUUAGUUUAAUUAUUAAAGUCAUCGAUUAUGAUCGUAUUGGAUCAAAUGAACUAAUGGGCUGUACAGCAAUUGGUUCAAGUUUUAUUGGUAUUGGUCGUGAUCAUUGGUUAGAAAUGUUGGAUAAUCCCAGAAAACCAGUUGCACAAUGGUACACAUUAAUGGAAACGAUACCUGGACACAUUUCACCGACAACAUCUGAAGCACUACCUUUAAGUCUUAGCUGUCUUAACUCGAGGUGAAAAAAUGUUAAAAAACAUUAAACAUUGAAACGAGCUCAAUUUUUACAUACUAAACAAACAAAAAAUACUUAAACACAAAAAAAAUAUGAGAUCAUAAAAAUAAUAAAAUAUCAACGAUAUACAAUUUUAUUUUUAAAACGAUGUCGAUCAUAAGAAGCAUAACCAUCACGGCGAACGGCAAAAUAAAAUACGAAGAUGCGUAAAACUGGAAAUGGUAAGGAAGUAUUAAAAAACAGGAUUAUA